GUUGCCUAUGUUUUAUUAUAAUAAACGUUUUGAACAUAUUGCGUUAGAUGCUUGGCAGUCGUAAAAGAACGCGAUUCAAGAUGUUGUCGUCUCGCGUAGAUUCCGUAGCAAAGCAAUAUUUUAGGUUAUUCCUGAUGUGGAACUUCAUGAAAUCAACAUUAGGAUGUGUACCAGGAAUAACAGCAUACUGCAAAGGGGAAAUGGUAUGCGGUGUUAAAAAUAUAUCAAUAUCCUCUAGAAAUCACGGCUUCGGGAAUUGGUCAAGAUGUAUCAAUGACUCAUGUAUUUUGCAUCGUGAACUUAUUUGCAGUGAAGAGGUCAAAUGUCACGAUUUAUCGCCCUGUGAUCUUCACUGUGACUCACAUUACACAUGCCAGUCCGGAAAAUGUGUUUUAAGAAGCACAGUCUGUGAUGGAUCUUUGUGUAGCGGCUGUAAAGAAGAUCACGAGUGGAAUAAUGGCCACGGUUUUAAAUGCCUCAGAAAUGGAAUAAAAUGCAUAUUACCUCAGCAAUUGUUACAUGACAACAUUUCCGAUUGCGACGGAGGAAAUGAUUUAUGUUUCAAAGUGGACACGGAUACUAUGAACAGAUUCGGAGAUCAACUAACUAAGAUGUUGAAUACGGCAAAAUGCUUUCAAUGCUUGGACAAUUCUAUGUUGAUUCCCGCUUCUCGAAUUUGUGACGGUAUAAUUGACUGUUCUGAUUUAUCAGAUGAAUGUUUAUGCGAGGAUGACGUGCCUGACAUUUGCACGAAGAUAAUAGGAUAUGAGCACUUUCUGACGAAGAACAAUACAAAACAUAUCCCUAAUUUGGAAAACAGUCUCAAUUCAAGUGUUUGUAAGUUUGGUAAAAUACAAUGUGAUGAUGGGAUAUGCAUGAACAGAGGUUCAGUGUGCGACGGCCAAACGGAAUGCUCUGAAGAUGAAAGCAAUGAGUAUUGUGAUGGAACAAUGGAAUGUGGAGGGGCCAAGCAAUUCGAACCAAUGUGCAGAUGUAUGCGCCAUUCACGUGGAUGCGUUAACCACUAUGGUGUCGCCUGUGAUGGGGUCUCCAAUUGUCCGAUUCCCGUGGCACAUACUGAGUCUGCAGUUGGUGAGAAUACUUUUCCGGAGGACGAAUGCUUUGCAACUUGUCGGAAUUAUUCUAACUUCACCUGCCUAUAUUCGAAUUCUGGUUUUGUUCUACUGUCGGGAGUUGGAUUCGCAACAUGCUAUUGGGAGGAUAAUUCUUCAACAUUGGUAGGCCUUCGUAAAAUUUGCAACGGAAUUCUUGAUUGUCCUGAAGGGGAAGACGAAAAUCAUUGUGAACUUGUCAGAUUUAAAUGUAAAUCUCGUGAUCUAGUCAACAUCGAUCGUUCCUUGUUAUGCGACGGGACAGAAGAUUGCGACGAAGGCGAGGAUGAAACUAUUGAACUUUGUGGAGAUGAAAAAUUUUAUUGCUCUGCCCUUGGAGGACGAAAAGUAAGCGUUCCAAUAUCGGCUUACUGUGAUUUUGCAAUAAAUUGUGAUGAUGCGUCAGAUGAAGCAAACUGUUCAUCGUUCGACGACCGAUUCUAUUGUGAAAAUAAAGAUCCAUUGUUUGUGAGAAGACGACAGACGUUUGAUGGCAAAGGUGAUUGUUCUGAUUGGAGUGAUGAAUGUCCUACGAUUAACCAAUCAACUUCCACAAACGUAUUUUCAUCGCGAUAUGAACUACUGGCGAAUCCCAUACUUCGUACACUGGUGUGGAUCAUGGGGUUUCUGUCAUUUUCUGGAAACUUGUCUGUAAUAUUCCAAGAAAUACGAUACAUUUGUGGAAGUAUCCAACUCCAACCCGUAACAAAAGUCAACAGGAUGUUAAUUUUGAAUCUGGCCGUUUCAGAUAUAAUCAUGGGGAUUUACCUCAUUGGAUUGGGCAUUGCAGGUCUUGUAAUGCAGGGUCAAUAUUGCUCUAAAGACUUGAUUUGGCGAUCAAGUAGCGCUUGCAUCAGUCUCGGUGUUCUAUCGGUAAUAUCGAGUGAAGCAUCUGUGAUGACGUUGGUGUUAUUGACUUGUGCAAGAUUGUACGCUAUUCUGCGGCCUUUUGAAUCGGCCCAGCGUCCUGGAGUCCGAUGCAUUUUAUUUUCAAUUAUAAUGAUCUGGAUACUGUCUAUUAUAAUUGCAUUGUUACCGUUGACUUCGUUUCUAUCUGAGAUAUUUGUCGCACACGCAACGUUCUCCUAUAAUCCAUUUUUAAAAAAUGUAGGAGUCUCACUCGAUGGAGCCAAAACUUUAUUCAAAAGAUCGUUGGUCUUCGAUUUGAAGAAUAAUGUUUCGCUGGAAGAAAACAUCUAUGAUGUUAUUAACACAUCAACUUGGCACGAUUUGGAAUCAUUGUCGAAAAAAUAUUUUGUUCAUAGUGACUUAUUCUCUUUAGAAACAUUAUUCGGGUACUACAGUGUGAAUAGCGUCUGUAUUCCAAAAUAUUUCGUCACAAGAUCGGACCCUGCAUGGCAAUUUUCUUUGACUAUCAAUAUCUUCAACCUUGUUGCAUUCAUAUUCGUUGUAUCGAUGUAUUUGGCGAUUUACUUCAAAUCAACAAACACUUCAAACAUAGCACCAGGAAACAAAGACAACGAAAGAAAUUUACAAAUGCAGAAAAAGAUUCUACGACUUGUGGCUACGGAUUUCUGUUGCUGGAUUCCAAUUUGUAUUAUUGCAAUCUGCAAGUUUGCUGGAGCAUAUGUGGACAAUACUGCUUAUGCAGUUGCAGCGGUCGUACUUCUUCCAAUCAACAGUGCUCUUAAUCCAAUUCUAUAUUCUAAUCUGACCGAAAACGUAGCAAAGAUCCUAAGCUCGUGUGUUCCGUGUCGUCGAAGACAUUAAACAAACAAGAAAACCAUCUCUGUACGGCACUAAGAUCAAUGUUACGUAUUUUUGCCAGAUUAACACGAGACUUCUUCAACAUUUUCUUUGAAAACGCAUGUUUGUUUGUAUAUAAGUAAAUGUAUUGUAUAUUAUAUACUUGGUCAUCUCAUAAUGUGUAUUUAUCGAAAAGAGAGAUCGCCACAUUUUAUAUAACUCAACAAAAUACCAUAAAAACGGCCUGAUUUCCUCGGAGAACGUUACUUUCAGAACCACUAUACACGAUGCACCAUUCGGGUUGCAAGUAAUUCAGUACCCUGAACUUUCAUAUUUCAACCUUGGUUUAUACAAGUCGAUGUAAUGCAUUUUGCUCUGGUGUGUAUCUAAAUAUUUCACCUUUUAAGACCAGUAUAAAUUUCGUGCAGAUGAAUUAUGUUUUUUGUUAAUUCGAUUCUCACAUAGUAAUGA